AUGGAUGGCCCUCCCGUUGUGCGCUAUUGGAGGCUGAAGUUCUUCGUGCCCCCAGCGGUGCCGCAGAACAUCUUGUUCUUCUUGCUGGAAGAGACGGACCCCAGCGCGUCGGUCAUAGUGCUAGCAGCCGUGCACCCCAAGGUCCGGGGGAAGGUGUGGAAGGAAGUCGUGGUUUUCCGUGACCUCCGUGCGGUGCAAAUCUUCAAGAUCGACUCCUAUGGACAUCAGCACUACAGGUCCCUGGAGUACACCACCAAUGCGCGCUACUGCUUAGCAGAGAAGCAGCCCAACCCCAACGAUCGCGACGAUCCCUGGAUUGGGGAAGAUAUGAAGCCGGAGCUCCGGAUCUGUUUCUUGAAAGCAGAAAGGAACUUACAGGACAAGCCACCGUCCGUGGUGAUGUCGCGCACGAUCGUGAAGGACGUGCACAGCGACGGCAGCGCGGGGGCCGGCUCUGGCAAAGCGGAUCCGUUAGAUGACUCAGAGGAAUGGUCAGACGGUGAGCCCAGUGAUGAUGAGACCGAGCAGGAAAGGAAGGAACGAACCGUAUGGGAAAGAUCCCAGAAGGAGGGCGAGCAGUAUCUGCCGAAGCGCUUCUUGAAAGGUCUGCUUCCCGAAGGGCUGCUCGAGAAGUAUUUCAUCUACCAGGAGAAUGAGUCGCCCUGGAGAGCCAUCCGAGGAUAUCCAAAGACCUUGGAAGGAGAAGAGGAACGAGAUCCAGACCACAUCCUCGAGAUCAAGCUGAUCAAGGUGAAGAAGGUUCCCAGUACCGGGCACCGAGGGUGGUGCGCGCUGGUGCGGAAACGUUGGAAGGCGGCCGGAAGGAAACCCUGGUUCCUGCUGAAUCUGUUGUAUGCCAAGGAGGGAACGCCUUUGCACAGCAUGGCACGUACCUUGGUCCGUUUGGAAAAUCUCUCCUUCAUCUUAGCGUGGACAGAGCAAGACCCACGAGACCCAAAGGCGACCGGAUACGAUCCGCCCAUCCAUUUCGUGGAAAUGCCGCGGCUGCUGUUGUCCUUCACCGUGAAGCGCGCCGCCGACGGCAGCCGCGGCCUCUGGAGCUUGGACCACGCCGAAUUGUCCGUGCCGCUGGGGCCGCCCAGCUUCGCCAGGACGCAGGCUGCCAAGUUGCUGGAACCGAUGCCGCACUCCUUGUUGCUGCAAACCUCCAACCAGCAAUACUUUGCGCUGUUGCCCAACAUCAAGGUGCACCGGCCGCACGUGGGGACGGAUCCCUUCUCCACCGAACUGGUCCUGGAACGUGGCAACUCUGACUGGCUUCUUGGAACUGAGAGGUGGGGUCGAGCCAAGAACAAGACCUUCCUCUACCCGGUGCAUGCCUCACGGUCCUUCCUGCAAACGCCCACCCUGGCCUCGGCGCUGUAUGUCAUGAUGCUCCGCUGGAUGAAUCGCGACUAUCGCGGGGUGGCGGCCCUGGUGAGCGCCGUGGGCACCGACGCCAAAUACGAGGAAGAUGAGAUGCAGAUCUUCAAACACCUGGGACGCAUCAGCGAUCCCCAUCCAGACUCACAUGCCAACCGAUUGCAGGUCUCCUUGGCAGUGUCAGAUGCCAACAUGGAGCUCCCCUGGGACUUGUUGGAGGAGUCUGCGGGUUACCUGGGAAAAAUCGCCCACGUCACUGCCAGGUCGCGGCUGAGCGAGGACUACGAACUGCGCGUCUUGCAACUCUGCAGCCAGAUUCGUAAGUGCCUUGAGAUCAUCGAGAACGAGGUCGGUGUGCUGCGCCAACGCUGGUGGGGUCAAUGGGGUGCAGCACGCAUCAAGCGCUUUGUGGAACUGCUACAGAGCGAGAAGGAGAGAAAGUUGGCGAAUUUCCAAGAAGCGCAGGAGGUGGAGCAGUGGCUACGACAAUUGGUUCGUGCCUGGAUCUGGUUUUUUUUCCGCGGCCGGUGCCUAGUGGUUGCAACCAUAAGGUGA